AUGGCCGCUGCCGUAGCCGAACACCCGCGUUUCUUUCCUUCGCACCAUGAUGCGCUGAGCCAUGAUGAUUUUGAAACGGCCUCGAUCCGCUCAGCCGCGCCGUCCUAUUUCUCAGACGCGCCCUCCUAUCACUCGAUUGCUCCGCAUCCUGAGCCUAUUCCUCCCUACUCCCCGCCCGCCAGCAACAACAAUGUGAACCGCACGGCCACCAGCUCCACUCAACACCCAACUUCCCUGCUCCCUGCCGUCCCGGCCCCGAGCCGCUCCGGGAACUCGACGCCCCAGCCCCACCGAACCACCGGCCUGCCUCCGAUCCCCCCAGUGCCGCCCAUGGCGCCGCGACUCGACCAGUUCCGCAUCCCGACGUGGUCAACCGUGCACACAAAUCCGACACUGAAUAACGUCGCCCGAAGACGCAUGAAUCAAGGUGCUGAUCCCGUUGCCCACCUUCGUCGCUUCAUGUCGGAGCGAAUGGCUGAGGAGGAGGCGGCCCAGCGAGCUCGGGAUUUCCGCCCGCUCGAGGAUCCUUACUUGGUCGGCGAGGAGGCCGCUGCGAGUGCUCGCCGGGAGAGGCUUGCCCGCGAGUCCGGUGAGGACAUUCUCUGGGACGAAGAUCGCCGUUGGAACCGCUUUCUCGCACAAAUGCAAACUUGGGAGGACCGUGACCGCAGCAGCUGGAGAAACCUGCGUCAACCCCCACCAACGAACCAGCGCAAGAAGCUGACCCGUCGCCUUGCGGGACGUUUGUGGUAG